AUGAGUCCAGAGGAGAUUGACAGUACUGGCAGAGCAUCUGUUUGUUUUGUUAAAAUUGAAGCAAUGAUUAACCCCAGGGAAAAGGAAAAAGAAUCUGUAACAGUACUGGGAGGAUGGGAGUGUGUGUAUGGGGAUGUGAGCAAGGAGAGAGAGUUGAUGAGCUGGCCAGUUGAGGAUGACACAGUUGGUGAAGAUCGACACACUCCCUCCCCGAAGGGCAGUGGGUUUCCCUCUCAACCCCCGAGCUUCAGGUGGGGGCUUUGGACCGUGUUACCUGAUCUGGGAAACCUGAAGCUCUGGAACCCAACCCACGCAGAGAAAGCCCGAGGCCGGCUGCGCCCCGGGCCUGCCUCCCACCGAGAAUGCGGGCGAGGCUGGGACCGGCCGGCUCCUUGCUUGGGGGCAGGAGAAACGCUGCAGUUGGGCUGGAGCUGCAGGCGCCGAGUGGCCUGCGGAGACGGCCGGCCCUCGGCGCGGGAUCGAGGCUCGACUGCCACUUUCUCGGUGCAGGCCUGCUGCCGCCCUAUCGAGGGACCCGCAGGAAACCUCCACCCGGCCUCGACCGCCCCCGGGAGCGCAGCGUCCGCUUCCAUCCUCAGCCAGCCCAGGACCCAGGCCGCCUGGCUGAACGAGGACCGGCCUCACUCUGCAGCCCCUCAUCCUCCUCCCACCGCUGCGCCAGUCAGGACCCCGACCCUCGCCCCACCUCGGCCCUUGCGCUGCGGGCCCAACCUCAGACUCCCACCAGGCCCGGCCUGCCCCGUAGUCUAUGAGGGUCCGGGGCGAGAGCCAGGCGCCGAGUAUGAAAUUAAUCUUUUGGGGCUCAUCCAGAGAAGAAGAACACGCAUUGGGUAUUCAUUUAAGAAAGAUGAGGUUGAGAAUUCUAUCGUACGACGAGUGCAAGGUGUCUUCCGACGUGCUUCAGCAAAGUGGAAGGAUGAUGUUCAACUUUGGCUGUCCUACGUAGUGUUCUGUAAGAAAUGGGCUACCAAAGUUCAACUUAGCAAGGUAUUUUCUGCCAUGUUGGCCAUUCAUUCAAACAAGCCAGCUUUGUGGAUUAUGGCAGCCAAAUGGGAGAUGGAAGAUCGCUUGUCUUCAGAAAGUGCCAGACAACUAUUUCUUCGGGCUCUGCGCUUUCACCCAGAGUGUCCAAAACUUUAUCAAGAAUACUUUAGGAUGGAGUUGAUGCAUGCUGAGAAACUGAGGAAGGAAAAGCAAGAAUUUGAAAAAGCCAAAAUGGAAGUGGAGAAUCUUGAUUAUGCAGAAGAAAUCCUUAAUGGUGAAUUGGCACGAAUUGUCUACAAAAACUCUGUGAGCAUAAUUAAAGGUGCAGAAUUUCACGUGUCAUUGCUUUCAAUUGCACAGCUAUUUGAUUUUGCCAAAGAUUUGCAAAAAGAAAUCUAUGAUGACCUUCAGGUGCUACACACAGAUGACCAUUUCACUUGGGAUUAUGUGGCACGGCGAGAAUUAGAGAUUGAGCCCCAGCCAGGAGAAGAGCAGCCUGUAACGAAACAAGCCAAAGCAGUGUGUGUGGACCGGAAGGAGGAGAGGUGCUGUGCUGUAUAUGAAGAGGCAGUGAAGACUCUGCCUACAGAGGCCAUGUGGAAAUGUUACAUCAAUUUUUGCUUGGAGAGAUUUGCUAAGAAGACAAAUAGUGAAUUCCUCAGAGAGAAGAGGCUGGAAAGGACCAUGAUUGCAUUCCGAAAGGCACAUGAACUCAAGCGUCUGCCAGAAUUCCAGUACAAGCAGUGGAUUGAGCUGCUGCUGCAUCAUGACUUCUUUAAGGAAGCCCUGGAGGUGGCUGUAGCUGGGAUUGAAUUGUUUAGAGACUCUGUGACAAUGUGGCAGAUGAAGCUGCAGGUGCUGAUUGGAUCAAAGAGCACGGACAUUACCAUGCUGUUUGAAGAAGCCUUUGUGUACCUGAAGCCCCAGGUUUGUCUACCAUUGUGGAUUUCUUGGACAGAGUGGAGUGAAGAUACUAAAAGCCAAGAAGACACAGAAGCUAUCUUUAAGAAAGCUAUCGUAGCUGUCACAGGUGCCGACUCAGCAACCCUGAAGGAUAAGUAUCUGGACUGGGCUUACCGAAGUGGCGGCUACCGAAAGGCCAGAGCAGUGUUUAGAAGUUUACAGGAAAGUCGCCCGUUUUCGGUUGAUUUUUUCAGGAAAAUGAUCCAGUUUGAAAAGGAGCAAGAAUCCUGCAAGAUGAUGAAUUUAAGAGAAUAUUAUGAGAGGGCUUUAAGAGAGUUUGGAUCUGCAGAUUCUGAUCUUUGGAUGGAUUACAUCAAAGAGGAAUUGAAUCACCCUCUUGGUAGACCUGAGAAUUGUGGACAGAUCUAUUGGCGAGCCAUGAAGAUGUUGCAGGGAGAGUCAGCAGAGGUGUUUGUAGCUAAACAUGCUAUGCAUCAAGCUGGCCAGCUCUGA